UCUGCUCCCUCCCUCCCCGUGCUCCUGGCAGAGGGAUGCUGGCCCCCGGCAUGGGCGGCCUUGCUGGCAUCUCUGCCGAGUCAACAAGUCUAGGGCUGCCCUCUGCCCGGCGAUCUGCACGCAAUGGAGUGUCCUCCUGGGGAGCAGGGCUGGGAAUGCCUGGAGUGUAGGCUGGGGCAGGCUGGGGCUGCCAGGGCUGGGGAUGCAUGGUAGGGGGAGGCCAGACACCCCCGUGGACACACGUGGCCCCUACGCACUCCUGCUGCCUGUCCAUGGGCAGAGUGGCCCUUAUGCUGCCCCCUUCCACCCUGCUCACCUCUGUAGCAUCUGGGGACUCCUGGGCUUCGCCACCCGCUGCCUGAUGUAGGUAAGUGCCCCAGCCUCACAGCUUCCAACCGAGGCUGGGGGUUGAGACCCAAAUGGGAUGAGAAAGGGGUCCCUUGCUAAAGAAACUCCCCUGUAAAGUGGGGUCCAGUCACUCCAUCAGUCACUGCCUGGGUCACCUCUUCCCAGCCCACCUGGCUGAGUGUAGCUCUGUCCUGUGUCUGCCUCUGCAGUGCUGCCCCUGCCUGGCCCACUCCCCAAACACCUGCUCCCCCUAGUGUCCAGCAGCCUCCUGGCUGCUAUGCUCCCAGCCCGGAGCAACCUCAUUCUGCGGAGAUGUCUCGUUUACGUUGAGCCACGCUUCAUGUUCCAGCCAGGGGUGUGGGGGGUUGGCAUGGAGGUCCACUGCAGACAUGCCCGCGCUCAGAUGGCAGCCCCGCCUCCCUGAUGGGCCAGGGAGGAACCUUCCCAGGGCAACCGGCUUGAAGGGUCGGGGAGGAGACAGAGCGGGUCCCAGGCAGCAGGAAGGGCCCUGGCUCUGGCCGUGGAGAGCAGUGUUUGGUCACCUGGGCAGAACCCAGGGCCGGGUGGGUUCCCUUUAUCUUGUCCUGGGCACUGUUCUGGGGCUGCCUCCCCCAUCCCCAUCAGAGCACCCCGUCUGUCAGGGAAGCAACUGUUGACCCCGUCACGCCAGCAGCCACAGGGAGCCAGGGCCCCAGAGGGCCGAGGGGCCUCCAGGGCGUCUCCUGCCCAGCCUCUCCCCAGCCUUCAUCCCUCAGAGGGCAUCUGUGGGGAGACAGCCACUGAGUGCUGGCCCUCGAAGGCAGGAGACAGAGCCUUGGCAAGCCUGGGAGUAGCAAUCGCUGUCUGCUUUCAAAUCCCUGCUCUGCCUCGGUUGCCCCGGGGCAGAGGACUUCGCUUCUCUGGGCCUCGGUGUCCUCCUCUGUGAAGCGGGCAUCAUGCCUGGCGCCCUGGGUGGUGGAGAGGAAGAUGGAGCUGGGGUGCCGCCAGCCUUGAUGUGUGUGCUGUUGCCUUUGUCCUAUGGACGUCCAUUUAGAGCAGCACCAGGUAAAUGGGUCAGCACAGCCCCGGGUCAGGCGCGCCAGGUGCUGGACUGAGGGGACUCCUACCCCGUGCCUCCCUCGCGGCAACCAUGAGAGACAGGUGCCCACUCAGCAAUGAGGAAGCCGAGGCUCGGAGAGUGAAGUCACCUGCCCGAGGUCACAUAGCUGGGCCACGGAGGAGCUGGCAUCCCAGCUUCUUGUCCCCCCCCACCACCACCAGCAGAAGUGCCUGGGCCCGUGGCUGCCUUGAGGAGACUUAGGCAGCGCUGUGGGAUGCAUCUCCGGAGGUUCCUUACCAGGGACGGGGACACAAGACUGAGUCCAGUCCUCAAGAGCAGAGAGCACCGGGACAGGCAGGCGCUGGGGAAGGGGCGGGGACAGGCAGGCAAACCGGUCGGGCGGGUGCUGGGCUGGGGCCUCCAUCAGGAUGGGCCUGUGCUGACAGUUCGGGCUGGCGCAGCAGCAGCUCGCGGGGCAGGCAGCUGGGGUCGUGAGGCCGCCGUCAGGUACGAGUGGACCCGGGACUGGGGGUGGGGAGUGGUGGACAGGCUCCCAACUGUCAGCACCCCAGUUUCCUCUGCCCCUCAGCCUUUCCCCAUCCCUGUUCCCCACACAGCAUCCUUCCCCGUCCUGCUUUCGGCUCUUCACGUUUGAAACGCGGUACACUCAUCUUGCCCGAGUUUGCUGAGCCUCUCCCCAAAUUGGACCACCGUGAUUUCAUUGCUCCCUCACAAUUCCCCCUCCAUCGUAUCAUUCAGUCCCCACAGAGGCUACGCUGAGCCUGUGCGCCCCCUCCUGCCCCAGGAAGAGGCCCCCAGCUGCCCGGCUGCCAUGCACAAGCAUUACAAAAUCCACUUUGCCAAGGAUGCCCAGAGCCCCAACGGGCACUACUUCUGGGACCCAGAGUUGGGGCAACAAAAAGGAUGCUGUCAUCAGUGGCGCCAGGACUCAGCAGCCCUCCGAGCCCACAGGCCCUGUCGACCUUCCCCCCAGUCACACUGGCAGCUGGCCUACCACAGCCACCGAGUGGGUGGCAGAGGCUGGCGCCGGGGCCUCCCGCCCUCCGUCCUGCAGCAGCAGCGGCAGCCCCAGCCCCAGCCCCCACCUCCCAGCCCCCGUCGGCAGCGGCUCUGUCCCAUUCACGAAGCCCAGAAAGGGGUGCCUGCAACCUCCACUGUCCCCAGGGAACCAGCCGGCGCCCUUCAGGCGCCCCCCUUACCCACCACGGCGCUGGCCAUGGCCAGCAGUGGCCCAGCCCUAUCCUCCGUGGCCAGCAUCUUCCUGGAGCCCAGCGAACCCACUGAUGCCCGGCCUCUGCCCGCCCCAGCGGCCUGUGGCUCCUUCACCACCUACAGCCCCGACAUCCUGACAGAGGAUGAUGUCUACUGCAGCUGCCUGGCCAAGACACUCUGCCACGUGCCGGUCCCUGUGACUGUGGGUUUCUACGCCCCUUUCGGCUGCCGCCUGCACAUGAUGCUGGACAAGAUCACGGCGCUGAUGCAGCAGGAGGCGGCGCAGCGCGAGAGGGAGGAGCUGCAGCACGUGCAGUGGCGGCCGCGCGCCGUGAGCGGCUGGGGCGUCCCGCAGCUGCUAUGGUACCUGGUGUUCCUGCAGCCCAUCAUCACCCAGGUGCACCUGCGGCGCAGGAACGUGCAGUUUCUUUUCAUCCGCUUCAGCGCCUGGCAGUACGAGGGCACCGACAAGCUGUGGGCCGGCCUGGUGACCACGUUGUGCGAGGGCAUCCGCCACCACUACGGCGCGCUGCCCUUUAGCGUGUACUCGGUGCUGGGCAACAAGCCGGCCACCAGGCAGGACUGCUGCCAGAGCGAGUGGCACUGCCGGCGCCGCGUGUGCCUGGGGCUGCUGGCGCUGCUGGCGGCGCUGGGCCUGGGCGUGGGGCUGCUUUACCUGUCGCUGGGCGGCCACGCACUGGGCCACGGCAGCCCGAACGGCAGCCUGCUCAAGGCGUUCGGCGGCGCGGCCACCACACUGUCGGGCUCGGGGCUGCUCAUGGCCGUGUACUCGGUGGGCAAGCACCUGUUCGUAAGCCAGCGCAAGAAGAUCGAGCGGCUGGUGUCGCGCGAAAAGUUCGGCAGCCAGCUGGGCUUCAUGUGCGAGGUGAAGAAGGAGGUGGAGCUGCUCACCGACUUCCUGUGCUUCCUGGAGAUCUACCAGCGGUGCCGGCUGCGCGUGGUGCUGGAGGUCACCGGGCUGGACACGUGCUACCCGGAUCGUGUGGUGGGCCUGCUCAACGCCAUCAACACGCUGCUGUCCGACAGCCACGCGCCCUUCAUCUUCAUCCUGGUCGUGGACCCCAGCAUCCUGGCCGCGUGCCUGGAGAGCGCCGGCAACAUGAAGGGCACGGCCGACAACGGCUACCUCUUCCUCAACCGCACCGUCACGCUGCCCUUCUCUGUGCCCAUCAUGGGCCGCCGCACCAAGCUGCAGUUCCUGCAGGAUGCGGUGCAGAGCCGCGACGACCUGUUGUGCCGCGACAUCACGCGCAAGCCAUUGCUGCCGGGGGACGCCAGGGGCGAGAGCGCGCAGCUGCUGGCGGUGCAGACGCAGGCGGGGGCGGAGCGCGGGCAGGGCCGCAUUGACGCCGAGGCUGCGCAGCGCAUCCAGGAGGCGCUCUUUUGCCUUCACAACGAACACGACUGCCUCUACGAGUACGUGCCCGACAACGUGGUGUCCAUGCGGCGCAUCGUCAACACCGUGCCUAUCACCGUGCGCCUGCUGCAGCAGCAGCAGCAGGGGGACUUCGGGGGCCCCACGCCGCGCCAGGCGGUGGCGUGGGUGGUGCUCGCCAACCAGUGGCCGUGCCGCCUGAGCUGGGCGCUGCAGUGCCUGGAGGACCGGCAGCAGACGGGGGGCGCGCCCGAGGGCCGCGCUCGCCUCUGGGACGUGUUCCGCGACAACAGCCGCGAGCUGCACACUAUGACCAAGGCGUUGCAGAACGUACUCGACCUGGACGGCGACCCUGAGCUCUUCGAGCGCUUCCUGGGCGCCGACUUCCCCUUCACCGUGGCCGAGGCGCAGAGCCUGCUGCGCUGCACGGUCAACCUGGACCACUCCAUCCGCCGGCGCAUGGGUCUCAUCCGAGCCGUCAGUGCCCUCAAGCCGCCCAGCCCGCCCAAGUCCCCUGCCCGCGAUGCCCCCCACGCUGCCCACCGGACCAACAGCGCCUCCGGGGCGCCUCCGCCGGGCCGUGCCUCGGGGCAAGCCAGCGAAGGCCACCACGCUGGGAACUUGGCCCACAGGGGCAAGCUAUGGCCGGUGGCCUGCGCGCUCUUCCAUCCAGGGCAGUCCAGCCCAGGUGGGCCUUGAAUGGAGGACUUGGCGGGCAGCAGGAGGCAAGGGUUCCUCUGUCUGCCCAGAUGGGGGAAUAGGGGGCUGGACUGGACCCAGGGUCCCAAUGAGCCCUGUGAGGCCCACACCCCCAGGUGAAUCGGAGCCAGAGCCGUGGACAUAGCCUCCAGGAGCGGGGCGGCGAGCCGGUGGCAGCAUGAGAGCAGGCACAGAAGGACCAAUGAGAAACUCAGGAUAUACGUGCAAUAAAUGGAGGUGUUGAGAGCCCCGAGUUGCUCUCUGCAUCCUGAUCCGACCAGGGACCAGGCCUGCCCCGUCCUGCCACAGGGCCUGCCCCAUCCUGUCAAGCCCACUUCCUCCUCUGCGCCAUGCUGGCCUCCUCAUCUGGCAUCUCUGUGGCAGGAAAGGCCGCGGGGGCGGUGGGCGAGACUGCAGAGCUGGGAGAUGACAGGUGGAUGGGCGGGGUUGACUCAGGCAACAUGGAGUGCCCAGGCCUCAGGGAAUCCCAGUCCUCGUCCCCAUGCCCUAGUCUGCCCCUCUGUGAGUAGGGCAGGAGCUGGCAUUUCUGAGGGUGACCUCGGUGACCUCAGCAGGCUGCUCCACCCCUAGGGUGGCUCCCUUCUCAACGUAAUGGGUUAAUUAGACCUCGCUGGCAUCUCAGCCAGUUGGGGUGGGUGGCACUAACCUCCCCCAGACAAAUAACUGUCCACAGGGUACCUGCCUUAUGAGUCGCUCCAGGGCCACCCAAGGACCACUGGUUAGUCACUGACAUUGAAGUCACUGCAUCAGCCCUUUGAUGAGGACAGGGAAGUUGGGCAGAGAUGGGGACAUACAGGACCCAAGCCACAGCCAGCCAGGAGGGGUUGCACUAGGGCUGCCCACCUUUCCUCUGGACAGAGCCCUGGGCUGGGGUGGGUUGUCACUCCACUGGGCAGUUCCUGAUUCCUCAUUGGUCAAAUGUUCAGCCACACGCUCAGGCCCUGGGGUGCCUGACCCAGUUCCAAGUGUGUGCCAGCAGGGGCUGCAAGGGCCAACACUGAACACACCCUGGGAUGAGGCUGAGGGUGUGGCUUCUCAGCCAGGGCCCUGAUGCUGGCAGAGGGGACAGUCCCUGAGGAACCUGAGAGCUCCGCAAAGGCACCCACCCUCAGGCCAUGGGACUGGGGUCACUGACCUCACAGUUCUUUAGCUCCAAGGCUGGGCAUGGCAUCCAGGUCUGGCUGCAGCACCAGAAUCCUCUGGCCACAGCAGUUGUCACAGGUGCAUGCAGGUCAGUGAUAGCCCUCCAGGAUCGUUCCUGGAGUUGAGCAAGCAGAGGUGCUGUUUCCCAUUCUUGGACUGGCUAAGCUGGUAGAUACACCUGGACCUCCUGGGAGCUGCUUCCUAGCAGUCAGGGAGAGUUGGCCUCAGAGGGAGAGGCAUGGGGCCUGUGACACCGUUAAGUCUGUUUCUGUAGAUGUGUGGUUGGGGUCAGUAUAUCCCUUUAGCCUCCCCUAAGCCAGUUUCAGUUGGUUUUGUUUCUUACCACCUGGAAUCCAGGCUGAAAAUAAAUUUUCACUCCUGUUACCAGCAGUGGGGUGCUGUGAGAGAUGCUAACAUGUAGACUUGGCUGGAGGUGGGGGCAGGACUGAAGCCCCCCCAUGCCUGAGUAAGAAGCUGCAUCAGCCUGGCCAACAUGGUGAAACUCCAUCUCUAAUAAAAAUACAAAAAAAAUUAGCUGGGCAUGGUGAUGCACACCUGUAAUCCCAGCUACUCAGGAGGCUAAGGUGGAUCACUUGAACCCGGGAGGCGGUGGCUGGAGUGAGCCGAGAUGAUGCCACUGCACUCCAGCCUAGGUGGCAGAGUGAGACUCCGACUGAAAAAAAAAAAAAAAAAAAAAAAGCUGUAGCCUCUGUUAUGUGGUACCAAGCUGUGGCCAAACUGUUGGCCACUGUAUCUUCAUGUGGAGCUGCUCUGAGAACUUGCACCUGUGUAAAGCCACGGGACCGGUUGUCACCAACAAAACGGGAGCAUGGCUGAUGUGUGCGCCUUUCCCAGCAAUGAGUUAGGGAGCAGGUUUCCCUUCUCCACUCCCUUCCCCCAUCUGCCCACUUGAUCUGAGACCCAUGAGGCCCUGGGGAGCAAGAGCUCUAAGAGCUUCAAAGGGGCCUGGAUCCAGGAAUAACUUGGUGAAGAGCUGCCUGCCACUCUGAACAUCCACGUGUAACGAUAAGCAUCUCCUGUGUUAGGA